AUGAAGGCUAAGGAGCAAGGAAAGGACAUUACUGGGCAAAUAGGAGCGAAAAAACUGAAGAAGUUGAAGGAAGGUACCAAGCUAGAGACGAUUGGUGCAUUCACAUGCAUAGUGAUCGUCUUCACCACACUUGUAGAAACCGCCACCACCGCCAGAGUAUCUACUACCUCUGCCGCCAUAGAGUUCACUCUAGGUACAGUUCCUGGCAAAGUGUCUAGGGAGUGUACCCAGAGUGAAAGUUAUGGUGUCGGAGGUAGUAGAUACUAUGGUGGUAGUGGCAGAGGCAAUGGUGGCCAUGGUGGUGGUGGCCGAGAUGGUGGAGGCGGUUGUUACAAGUGUGGUGAGGAAGGUCACAAUGCAUGUGAAUGCACCACUGGUGGUCAUUAA